AGGGGGCGGGACUGUCAUGGCGGCCGUCAUGAGGUUUGUCAACAGAAGCGCUCUGAGCCCAGCGAUGGGUCAGCAGUACCUGGCGUUCAGCUCCGCGGUCAGGGGCAAAACGGCUGGUGACGGAGCAGCACACGUCCUUCCAGCCAAGGUGAAAAUAGUGGAGGUGGGACCCAGAGAUGGGCUCCAAAACGAGAAGGGCGUUGUACCAACAGAAGCCAAGAUUAAUCUAAUUAACAUGUUAUCAGAGUCAGGGCUGCCAGUCAUCGAGGCCACCAGCUUUGUGUCUCCUAAAUGGGUUCCCCAGAUGGCAGACCAGGUGGAAGUGAUGGAGGGUAUCUGUAGGAAACCGGGCGUGUCUUACCCAGUCCUGACUCCCAACCUCAAGGGCUUCCAGGCUGCUAUUAAAGCAGGAGCUUCAGAGGUCGCCAUAUUUGGUGCUGCAUCCGAGCUGUUCAGUAAGAAGAACAUAAACUGCUCAGUGGAGGAGAGUUUACAGCGUUUUGACGAGGUCAUGAAAGCGGCUAAAGAGGCUGCUGUGCCAGUUAGAGGCUACGUCUCAUGUGUCGUUGGAUGCCCAUAUGAAGGCAAGGUGGCGCCUGAAAAAGUUGUACAUGUCGCUAAGCGUCUGUACUCCAUGGGCUGCUAUGAGAUCUCUCUGGGCGACACCAUCGGAGUGGGAACUCCGGGGAGCAUGGCUGAGAUGCUGGAAGCCGUAAGCAAAGAGGUGCCGGUCAGUGCCCUGGCGGUGCACUGCCAUGACACGUAUGGCCAGGCUCUGGCUAACAUCCUCGUGGCCUUACAGAUGGGAAUCCGUGUGGUAGACUCGUCAGUAGCAGGACUGGGCGGAUGUCCCUACGCCAAAGGGGCUUCUGGAAAUGUUGCGACUGAAGAUGUCAUUUAUAUGCUGCAUGGACUUGGAAUUCAGACAGGAGUGGACAUCUCCAAGCUGAUGGACGCCGGCGCGUUCAUCUGCCGAACUCUUAACAGAAAGACGAGCUCCAAAGUGGCACAGGCCACCUGCAAACUGUAGGCUACCAGGCUGGAGGAUUGGCCCUUUUACAAUUACUGACACACGUCACUAACUCACAUUACAGUCAACCAUCAUUUCCUUAUGUAUGUAAAUGCUCACCUGUUUUUUUCUCUUUAUUACAGUAUAAUUUAGCCUUUUGUUAGUUUUUGAUUAAUUUAUUUUUUAAAUAGUAUUUGACUCCUCCUGCAGUUUCUGAUUAUUUAUUCACAACAUGAUAGCCUUGCGGCAAAAGUGCCUUUCGUGAAGUUGGUCUGGUCGCUCAGCUUCUUUCAAAGGUGUUCUUAUGUUCAUUUUUGGACAGGUGGUAAGCCAAUGUGAAGUACCGACUUUAUAAAUAAUAGAUGGAUCAGUAAAAAUGUCCUAGUGAUGGAUAAUCUCACUGUUGGUGUCAGAAAAGACAGAAGUGUUGUUUUUAAUUUGAUCAACCUCUCUCAUGUAUGCUGUGAUCAGUCUUUAAAAGCUGUUGUAGUGGAAACUAACAGUCCUCAUCAACUUGGGAUUUUACUGUUUGACAAAAACACAUGGAAAUAAUUCUAUUGGGGUUUUUUUUCCUGUUUCAUCCUUUCAAAUAUACCGUAUAUGGGUUUUUUCUCUAUUUUAAAAUGUCUGUCUUCAAGCCCAACAUGUACAUAUCCUUGAAUAUUUGAAGUUUUUAAAAAUAAAAAUAAUUUCACAGUCAAA